AUGCCAUCCGACGAGAACAUCGUGGCUUCACAGUCUGUGGCCAACCCGCCAAGGGGAGACUCGGGGCAAGGAAGCUCAUUCGCUGCUUCGACCCCUCGUGACAGCGCCUCAGUGGGCACCGAUGGUAUUCCAGUCGAUGGCACGCAGGCUGGUUCCUGGAAAGGAUGGGCAGAGCUAGAGAACGAUCCAGUGAUCUUCAGCACUUUGUUGCGAGAGUGGGGCGUUCCCAACGUCCAGGUCAACGAAGUAGUUCCACUCGACAGUGUCUUCGAGUACCCGCCCGAGAGCAUCUAUGGUUUGAUUUUCCUCUCUAGGUGGGCAGCGCCGGAAACAGAAAAUGCCACGAAGGAGCCUCCAGCAGGCGUCUGGUUUGCCAAUCAGACGCUAUCGAAUUCGUGUGCGUCCGUUGCUCUCAUGAACAUUGUCAACAACCAUGCAACGAUCAAUCUGGGCGAGACUCUGAAUGCCUUCAGAUUGAGUACAAUCGGCAUGACGCCCAAGGACCGCGGCCUCGCUCUGGAUCAGUUCGACUUCGUCAGAGACGUGCAUAACUCUUUCGCCACUGAGUUCGACAAGAUGAAUGUCGAUCUCCGCCUCAAACAAGACUUCGCGUUGGUGGAGAGGAGAAAGAGAGCGGCCUCAUCCAAGCGCCCGCGCAAGAAACGCAAGGAAGAUGAGGACGCUUUUGAAGAUGAGAGCGGCUUUCACUUUGUCGCAUACGUUCCAGCCGUGGGUGAUGUGUGGAGGAUGGACGGACUCGAAAAGCUACCCCGUAAGCUGGGGUCCGUGGGCAAUGGAGACAGCUGGGUAGCGGUGGUUCUGCCCGAGCUUCAAGCCCAGUUAGAGUCGGCUACGACCUACGCCUUGGAGUACUCAUUAUUGUCAUUGACUGCCAUGACCGACACCACCAGCGUAGAGGCGGACAAGGCCAAGAUGGACAGGACGAGGGAGGAUUGGGGGCCGUUCCUCGCUCAGCUGGUGAAAAUACAUGCCGAAAAGGGUACUCUGAAGACCGCCCUUCUGUAA